UAAACCUAAUUCAUCAAUCAUUCAUAUACUAACAUUCUUUAGCAAUGGACAAAUUUUACUUUAGGGCGGCUUUUCUUCUCUCCCUCUUGUUGUCUAUCUCUUAUCAAAGCAAAACAAUCCAAGCUAAGGAAAGAGAAGAAUGUAUUGGCAAAUGUUCUAGAUCUCCCAAACCCACCUCUUCACCGAGACUUGGAGGCACAACUCCCAACGCCUCGCCUUUGCUGAGAUUUGGAGGCACAACUCCCAACGCUUCUCCGUCGUUGAGACUUGGGGGAACAACUCCCAAUGCCUCCCCUUUGCUGAAACUUAGUGGCACCACUCCUAACGCCUCCCCUUCACCGAGACUUGGAGGUACAACUCCCAACGCUUCCCCUUUACUUAGAUUAGGAGGCACAACUCCAAAUGUUUCCCCUUCACUAAGACUUCGAGGCACAACUCCAAAUGCCUCCCCUUUACGAAAAUUUGGAGGCACUACUCCAAACGCCUCCCCUUCACGAAAACUUAUAGGGACAACCCCCAACGCCUCCCCUUCACAAAGAGUUGGAGGCACAACUCCAAACACCUCACCUUCACUUAGACUUGGAGGCACAACUCCUAACGCCUCCCCAUCACUUAGACUUGGUGGCACAACUCCUAACUCUUCCCCUUCUUUGAGACUUGGAGGCACAACUCCCAAUGCUUCCCCUUCAUUGACACUCGGAGGCACAACUCCCAAUGCUCCCCCAUCGUUAAGACUCGGAGGCACAACUCCCAAUACCUCUCCUUCGUUGAGACUCGGAGGCACAACUCCCAAUGCCUCUCCUUCACUAAGACUUAGAGGUACAACUCCCAAUGCCUCCCCUUCGCUUAGACUUCAAGGCACAACUCCCAAUGCUUCCCCUUCGUUAAAACUUAGAGGCACAACUCCCAACAACUCCCCUUCGCUGAGACUUGGAGGUACAACUCCGAAUGCUUCCCCUUCUUUAAGACUUGGAGGCACAACUCCCAAUGCCUCCCCUUCUUUAAAACUUGGAGGCACAACUCCCAAUGCUUCUCCUUCGCUCAGAUUAGGAGGCACAACUCCAAAUGCUUCUCCUUCGCUCAGAUUAGAAGGCACGACUCCUAACGCCUCCCCUACACUUAAGGGCACCACUCCCAACACCUCCCCUUCGCUGAGACUUGGAGGCACAACUCCGAAUGCUUCCCCUUCUAUAAGACUUGAAGGCACAACUCCCAACGCUUCUCCUUUGCUUAGACUAGGAGGCACAACUCCCAAUGCCUCCCCUUCGCUUAGACUUCAAGGCACGACUCCCAACGUUUCGCCUUCGUUGAGACUUGGUGGCACAACUCCCAAUGCCUCCCCUUCGUUGAGAUUUGGAGGCACAACUCCCAACGUUUCCCCUACGUUCAGACUUGGAGGCACAACUCCCAACGCUUCCCCUUCGCUGAGACUUGGAGGCACAACUCCGAAUGCUUCCCCUUCGCUGAGACUUGGAGGCACAACUCCGAAUGCUUCCCCUUCGCUUAGAGUUGGAGGAACAACUCCCAAUGCUUCUCCUUCGUUGAAACUUUGAGGCACAACUUUUAACCUCUCCCCUUCCCUGAGAUUUGGAUGCACACCUCCUAGCAUUUCCUUUUUCGUUGGUACUUGGAGGCAUAAUUCCUCUUCAAUGAGAUUUGGAGACAUCAUUAUCAAAGUUUUUCUUUCAUCGUAUAAUUUAUUAAUAUUAAUAAAACGACCAGUUGAUGUUUUUCUUUAAUAA